GAAGGGAAAAGCGUAGCUGAUUCUAUUUCUAGUCGACUGUCAUUUCCUUUUCUGUUGCCUUUCCAAGGUUUGGAACCGGCAAAACAAAACCAUCAAAAUCCUCAGGUUGGGUUCUGAGGAUGGUUUCUGGAUGGAGAAAGACGUUUCGCACAUCCAACAAUAUGCCUCAAAACACAUCGUUACCAGAUAGCGAUUAUUACGAUAACACGGAUCCAUGUCCCAGAAUCACUUCCGAUUUCUCACUCUUCUCCACCCCACCAUCCAUUCCGCACACCCUCCGUUGCCCAACCAAUACCAAACGCACCACUCCCUCUCCCUCCUCCACCCUCUCUUUUCUCAAAGCCACCUUACACUUAUCCAAACGCUCCUGUGGAAUCUGCACGCACACUGUCAAAUUCGGCCAAGGAAAAGCAAUCUUCACAGCGGAGUGCUCUCACGUAUUUCACUUCCCAUGCAUAGCAGCUCACGUGAGAAACCACCCAAUCCUCACGUGCCCCGUCUGCAACGCCAACUGGAAACAACUGCAAAACGCACACCAAAACCCUGCGCACCACCUCAAAACGACCAAGUCGUUUAACUACAACGACGACGAGCCACUCAUGUCGCCCACUUCAGUUUCGCGUUUCAACCCCAUACCCGAAUCCAACGAGAACGAAGAAGAAGAAGACGACGACGAAGAACAACCAAACGACCAACCAAUAAGCUUCCGUGUCUCACCAUCGCUCAAAACCAGAAACAUCGAAGCCUGCUUCUCGCCGGAAGCUGCAAUUGUCGCCUCCAACCGAAGCUCCGAGACCUACGUUGCGCUCUUCAAGGUCAAGGCGCCGCCGCGUUCCGCGCCGCCGAAUCGUCCUCCGGUGGACCUCGUCACGGUGCUCGACCUCAGCGGGAACGCCUCCAGCGAAGAGCUUCGUAUGCUGAAACGCUCCAUGCAAGUCGUGAUCUCGUCGCUCGGCUCCGCCGACCGUCUCUCCGUCGUCGCAUUCUCCGGCGGCUCUAAGCGGCUGUUUCCGCUCAGGAGAAUGACCGGCCGCGGACAAACCGCGGCGCGGCGCGUCGUCGACGCGCUGACGGAGCUCCGUCACGACGGAGCUCCGGCGAGGAACGACGCGCUGAAGAAAGCGGCGAAGGUUCUGGAAGACCGACGGCAGAAUAACACCAUCGCCAAAAUCAUCCUCCUCACGAACAACCACGAGGAUCAGCGGUUAUCCUCCACGCGCUUCCCCGUUCAUUCUCUGAGAAUCUCCCUCGAUGGCGCGUGUGACCACGCGCACCGCGAAAGCGAGUUGGCGAAGCGCGUGGGGAAUUUGUUGAGCGUGGUGGCGCAAGACUUCAGGGUAGAACUAAAACUCGCGUCGCGCUCGGCCCCGGCGGAGAUCGCCGCCGUGUAUUCUUUAUCCAAGAGUUUCACCGCCGCUCUCUCGCCAGAUUCCGCCGCUUUGGGCGAUCUCCACGCGGCAGAGGAGAGAGAAUUGCUGUUGGAAUUUAAAGUGCCAGGUGGCACAGCGUCGCGUGGGUCCCAAUCCCAGUCCCAGUCCCACCAUCAUUUUAUAUCCGUACGUUGUUCCCACCGCGACCCCUUCACUCAAGAGCUUGUGAAUUCGAAGGAGCGUGAACUAAUCGUUCCGCGACCCCACACGGUGCGAUCGUGUGACCGGUUGAGGCGGUGCCACGUCAGCGCUCGAGCCGUGGCCGAGUCGAGACGGCUCGUGGCUCGCAACAAUGUGUGUGGCGCGGUUCAGUUGCUGUCAUCGGCUCGAGCCUUGGUGAGCCGCGAACAGGGUGAUGAGUGUUUGCAAUGGCUGGAAGCCGAGCUGAGGAGCCAAAAGCUAAGAAGUGGCAGUAAUUGGAUGGAGGAUAAGGGCGAGCCGCUUACGCCCAUGUCGGCUUGGAGAGUAGCUGAGAGAUUGGCUAAAGUGGCUAUCAUGAGAAAGUCCAUGAAUAGAGUGAGCGACUUACAUGGCUUCGAAGACGCCAGAUUUUAAAUGUAUUCCCCCCCCUUUUCAAUUUAUCUCUUAUUUUUCUAGUUUGUAAAGGGAGAAAAUAAAGUAUUAAUAAAAAUCUUGUUUUCCUAUUUAUGAUUUA